ACAGCUUCAACAUGGUAAACCUCCUCAAUGGCAAAUCCAACCAAGCAAACCACACAGAGCGGACACCACUUCUCAAGUUCUCCCAAAAUGAUAGUAUCACCUACAUGACUCUGCAUGAGCCCAGUCUGGGGUCUGGAGAGGAAUCGUGGGAGGCGAGCUCUGCUGAACUGGAGAGAAGGUGCAGGCUGGGCAGUGAGGUCACCAGUCUCUCACACAUUACAUCCCCGGAGAAGAGUGAAAAUUACUUCAAACUCUCUUUUCCCAUCAGAUAUUGCCUAGGGAUGACAAGACUCAUCACCAUCUUCGUUAUUGUCGUUCUGUGUUCACUGUUUUUCAGCAUGUAUCCCGACCGGGAGAGCCCCUGGAGGAUGCUGGCGGUCUCAUCCACCGAGAGCUUCUCCAUGAAUCUUACUGAUUUUCGUGACAACUCCUUGCUGAAGUUGCAAGUCGGUGGGCCAUUUUUGGGAGGGAUGGAGGCUGUGCAAGAGUCCCAGGAGUAUAUUCUCAUCCAGGUGGAGCAGACUGAGGAGGCCGGGCCUCGCCGGAGAAGAACUCAGCAGGUGCUGUAUAAUUGGACCAUACCACUGCACUCCCAGCGAAGUGACCAAAUUCUGAGAACAAGGACAUUUGAAAUGGUUAGCAGCGCUCCUAUUCAGAUCAGCGUUCAGGCCUUUCUGCUGGACAAUCAGGUAGUUCCUCUGUCCAUGACUAACCAGUCGCUGUACGUGACGGUGGAAACACAGGUGCUCAUCGCUGGUCUGAUCCUGGCAGGAGUCUACGUGCUUAUUAUCUUUGAGAUUGUUCACCGCACUCUGGCUGCAAUGUUAGGAUCCCUGUCUGCUCUGGCAGCUCUGGCUUUCAUUGGAGAUAGGCCGAGUCUUAUGACUGUUGUGGAAUGGAUUGACUAUGAGACGCUUGCCUUGCUAUUUGGAAUGAUGAUACUGGUGGCAAUAUUCUCGGAGACUGGUUUCUUUGAUUACUGUGCGGUAAAGGCCUAUCAGUUAUCACGAGGAAGAGUUUGGCCCAUGAUUAUCAUUCUCUGCUUAAUUGCUGCCAUUCUGUCUGCCUUCCUUGAUAAUGUGACAACUAUGAUGCUCUUCACCCCUGUGACUAUAAGGCUUUGUGAGGUGCUUAAUCUGGACCCCAGGCAGGUCCUGAUUGCAGAAGUAAUCUUCACCAACAUCGGAGGAGCUGCCACUGCUGUCGGAGAUCCUCCCAAUGUCAUCAUCGUAUCCAACCAGGAUCUCCGUAAAAAAGGGAUUGACUUUGCGGCCUUUACGGGUUACAUGUUCCUGGGAAUCUGCCUGGUGCUGCUGACCUCGUUUCCCUUUUUGAGGUUGCUGUUCUGGAAUAAGAAACUUUACAACAAGGAAUCAAGUGAAAUCGUGGAGCUGAAGCAUGAGAUUCUGGUGUGGAGGCAGACAGCCCAUCGCAUUAACCCUGCCAGCCGAGAGGAGACCGCCGUCAAGUGUCUUCUCAUGCAGAAGGUGCUCAAUCUGGAAAGCCUCCUGCGCAAGAAGCUCAAGACCUUCCAGAGGCAGAUUUCGCAGGAAGACAAAAACUGGGAGCACAAUAUUCAAGAGCUGCAGAAAAAGCACAGAAUAACAGACAAAGUCCUCUUGGUGAAGUGCUUGACUGUCCUCGGUGUGGUCAUUUUCAUGUUCUUCCUGAACUCCUUUGUUCCUGCCAUACAUCUGGAUUUGGGUUGGAUCGCUAUCUUGGGGGCUCUGUGGUUACUGGUGCUUGCUGACAUUCAGGACUUUGAGAUCAUUCUUCAUAGAGUAGAAUGGGCCACGCUGUUGUUCUUCGCUGCUCUGUUUGUGCUCAUGGAGGCUCUCGCUCAGCUGCAGCUCAUCGACUACAUUGGGGAGCAGACUGCAGUGUUGAUAAAAGCAGUGCCAGAGGAUGAACGGUUGGCCAUCGCCAUCAUUUUGGUAUUGUGGGUUUCAGCGCUGGCGUCCUCUCUAAUAGACAACAUUCCCUUCACUGCCACUAUGAUUCCAGUACUCAUAAAUCUCAGUCAAGAUGCCGAUGUCAACUUGCCAAUCAAACCUCUCAUAUUUGCAUUGGCUAUGGGAGCAUGCCUUGGAGGAAAUGGUACACUGAUUGGAGCAUCUGCAAACGUGGUGUGUGCUGGGAUUGCUGAACAGCACGGCUAUGGAUUUUCCUUCAUGGAGUUCUUCAGGUUGGGCUUCCCUAUGAUGCUUAUGACCUGCACAAUAGGCAUGUGUUACCUGCUCGCAACCCACAUCGGACUUCACUGGAACACAUAAACUUACCCACCACAUGGGGAACCAAAAAGACUUCUGAGUUUGUGUGAGGAUGUCAAAUCAUGUUUGAAUUCUGUUCUUCUGGGACGGAUACACAAAGAGCUAAACUUCGUAGACCUGGUUCGUCCUGAGAGACUAAGCUUUACAUGCAGGAGAGGUACAGAGAAGAUAAACCAUGGGAACAUCUGAUCAUCUGCUGUAUUCCUACACGUGUAUCAAACUGCUAUGGUGCUACUGUUAUAUUACAAAUGUGGAUUUUUUUUUUUUUUGCCAAACCUGUUGGUAUUUUCCACAACAACUUAACCAGAAUGUAUUUUUAAUGCAGAUAUCUGCUUACAAUAUAUUAUUUAUUGAUGCAGAAUGUGGAUUGAAACAUUUUCUUUUCGUUUAUUCUUUUGAGGCAUUUCUAGAAAUGGAUCCUCUAGGGGCCAUAAUUUUAUAUUGGCCAAAUAUAUAAUUUAUAUAAUUCACCUUGCUGAGAUUAUUAAAAUUGGGUAACAAGUACCAAUACUUGCUCAUAACUAAUGGCUUAUUACCUGCUUAUUAAUAAGACAUUGCCUGUUUAUUAGUAUUUAUAAAAAACAUAUUCAACAUAAUCAUAUUUCACAACCCUAGUCCUAAUACACAUUGCCUAAUCCUAACUAUUACCUAAUAACACAUUCAGUAUUAAUCCACACAGUGGCAAAAAAUGUUACUAUUUUGAAAAUUGACCGCGCAGCGCGUGUUAAGAACGGCUGAUGGUAGCCAUAGCAAGGCAAACAGCAGAGGAUCGCCAGCUCAGAAACGCAUUUAAAUUAAUAAAGGAAGAAGCACGCAUUGCGUUUUUAACGUGGUUUUGGAC